UGAGGAAAGGGCUGGUGGGUGGGUUUGGGGAAGAAGGGGUCCAAAGGAGUCCACUCCAGAGAUGGGUGAUGAGGAUGCUUCCUUCCGUUUGACUUCACCAGGCAUUUGAUCCGGGUUUUCUGACUUCGUCGUCGUAGUGGGUGGCAGCUUCUCCCUCUUGCUUUGGUGGAUUUCGCGUUCUUCUCCUGUUCAUUUUUCUGGAACUCUGACUCGUUCUGUUCUUAGUUCCUCUCCUUUUCUCUGUUUGCUCUCAUCGAAUUCAGUACGAUCAAGAACCGACUUCUUCCAUCCUGCGUUUCUGUUGUCAAGUUGAUACCUUUGAUUUGUUUCUGCGAUCACAAUCGAAUUUUGCUUCAUUACAUUCGCCUUCGUCGUUCCUUGAAUUCCCUCAAAUCUAAGCCUUUGCCUCCUCUCUCUCUGUGAAUCCAUUAAUUAUGUUCUAUUUUGGUGGCUCGGAUCGAUAGGAAAUGCAAAAGAAGAAGACUCUCUGGGAAUGUUCCUAAAGAUUACAUUUUUGGGAUCGCGGAACGUUCACGGAUAUCAGCAGAAUUCCUACAGCUUCCCGAGCCGCUUCUGAAUCCUAUCGUCGAUCUCUUCGGAUCGAUAUCGAAGCUAGCGCGGAGAUUUCCCCCGUUUCCAUUCUCCAUGGGUUGCACGGGCUCGAAGCAGCUCCGCCGGCGCCGCGGGCGGAGCCCCGGUCAUUUUGUUCGCAGCCACUCCAUCCCCGUCCGUUACGUUGACACGGCCGUCGCCCAGCGCCGGUGCUGGGAUGAUCACCACGCCAUCGCCCUCUCUUCCUCCGCCCUCGGCUCCCCGGUGCUCCACCGCGGCGACCUUAGCUCCGACGACGAGGCCAUGAUGAAGAUCACCAACGACUUCCCGACCGCGGUUCCGCAGGCCGGCGUCGCAAAGGAGCUCGGCCGCGCCAAGACCUGGUCGGAGGUGAUCGAGCGCCGGAUCCCGAAGACCCCGACAAUGACCCCGCCCAACGAGCCCGAGGUCAUCAACGCCUGGGAGCUCAUGGCCGACCUUGAAGACGCCAGCCCCCUCCUCCUCCCCGCCGUUGGCGUCAACCGCUCCUUCUCCUUCCACACCUCGCGGGACGUCCGCCGUUCAUCGCCGGAUACCGAUCUCUCGGGUAGAUCCUCGUCGCCAAAGCCGCAGUGGAUGCAGCUCAGUCCGGAGGAUUCCAUCGUCUCCGAUUUUGACCCAGAGAUCCUGUCCUCCUUCCGUAAGGCCCUCGACGAGCUGUCGCCGCAGCAUCAAUUCUGUUCCAUCGAUCGACCAGCUGAGCCCGAUGAUGAGGAGGAGGAACCAUCUGAUGCAACAACACGAACAGCAGAGUCCGCCGAAGUGCCGCAGCAUCAAUUCCGUUCCAUCCAUCAACCUCCUGAGCCUGACAAGGAGCAGCAGGAGGAGGAGGACCAGAAGAAGAAGCCAUCUCAUGCAAGAACACGACCAAAAGAAUCCGCCGACGGCCGCGAAGAUCCGAAAUCCAUCAGCAUCGUUCGAGCAAGGAUCGACGAGUUCCAACAGAAGAUCGAUGCUAGGAAGACUAGCAGCAAACCCGACCCCGCAAAGGUGGCGCCUACCUACAAAUGCCCGCCCGGCGGGCAGGGGAAAGUGGUGCUCUAUCUCACCAGCCUCCGCGGGAUACGGAAGACAUACGAGGACUGCUGGGCCGUCGGCAUGAUACUGAAAGGCUACGGCGUUCGCGUCGACGAGAGGGACGUAUCGUUGCAUGCAGGAUUCAAGGACGAGCUGAUCGACAUACUUGGGCCGGGUUACGGCGGCAAGGGACUGCCGAGGGUCUUCGCCGACGGGAACUACCUGGGCGGGGCGGAGGAGGUGCGGCACCUGCACGAGCUUGGGAGGUUAUCCAAGUUGUUGGACUGCUGCGAGACGACGCCUUCGAUGGGGAAAGGAGGAGGCGGCGGCGAUGCGGCGUGCGAGGGGUGCGGUGGCGUCAGGUUCGUCCCCUGCGAGAUCUGCUCGGGGAGCUGCAAGGUGUAUGUGGAGGAAGAGGAGGAGCUCGGCGGGUUUCAUAGGUGCCCGGAAUGCAAUGAGAACGGGCUCGUUCGAUGCCGGCUUUGCUGCUGAUGCUGCACGCAGCGUGAUUUCCGCCAAGUGCUCGACGUAUUGCUGUAAUAUGUACAGUAAAAAGAGGUGAAUAAAGCAUGGAAUAAGAGAAGCUUUUCAAA